CUCCUUCCCUCCUCCCCCCCGCCCUGUCUCCGGAUCUCCCUCGGUCCCACUCUCCUCCUCUUCCUCUCUCCUCCUCCCUCCGGACGCCAGGCUCCUCCGCACCCCCUCCCCUGGGAGCCCCGCUGGCUUCACUCCCCACCCUCGCCUCAGCGCGACCAUGGCCACCAUCCCAGACUGGAAGCUUCAGCUGCUAGCCCGGCGACGGCAGGAGGAGGCAGCCCUUCGUGGCCGGGAGAAGGCAGAGCGGGAGCGUCUGUCCCAGAUGCCAGCCUGGAAGCGGGGGCUCCUGGAGCGCCGCAGGGCCAAGCUUGGUCUGUCUCCUGGAGAACCUAGCCCUGCACCUGGGACUACAGAGGCUGGACCUCCAGACCCAGAUGAGUCGGCCGUCCUCCUAGAGGCCAUCGGGCCGGUGCACCAGAACCGAUUCAUUCGGCAGGAGCGCCGGCAGCAGCAGCAGCGGAGUGAAGAGUUACUUGCAGAGAGAAGGCCUGGGCCUUUGGAGGCCCGGGAGCGAAGACCCAGCCCUGGGGAGAUGCGGGAUCAGAGCCCCAAGGGAAGAGAGUCAAAAGAAGAGCGGCUCAGUCCCAGGGAAGCCAGAGAGAGGAGGUUGGGGAUAGGGGGAACCCAAGAGUUGAGCCCCAGGCCUUCAGAGGCUUGGGACUGGAGGCAGAGCCCAGGAGAGGCUGGAGACAGGAGCUCCAGACUGUCAGAGGCCCGGAAAUGGAGGCUGAGCCCCGGAGAAACUCCAGAGUGGAGUCUGAGACUGGUAGAGCCUGGAGAACAAAGCCCCAGGAGAAAAGAGGUGGUGGAAAGUAGACUGAGCCCAGCAGAGUCUGACAUCCAGAAGUUGGGGCUGACAGAGUCCCAUAAAUGGAGGCCUGACUCUGGAGAGUCUCAGGAACAGAGUUUGGUACAACCAGAGGCAUCAGAGUGGAGGCUGAGCUCAGAAGAAGAAAGAAAAGACUCUUCAGAGGAAUGUGGGAGAAAAGAAGAGAGACCAGUUCCAAGACUGGCCUCAGAAGAGAUUACAGAGCUGUCAGAGACCCUGACAAGGGAGGCUCCAGAAAGCAGCUUCGGAGAAGUGGAGGCAGCAGAGCAAAGGCCCAGCUCUGCGGAGGAUGGUGAGAGGGGCCUGAGGCUGACAGAAGGAUGGAAAUGGACCCUCAACUCUGGAAAGGUUCGAGAAUGGACACCCAGGGACACAGAGACUCAAACUCAGAAACCAGUCCCCUCAGACUCUGCUGAGAAGUAUCUGGGGCCUCCUGGUACCGAGGCUGGAGAAGGGGAGGCUGAGAAGGAGAAGGCGGGGGCUCAGAGCAGGCCUCUGAGAACCCUGCAGAACUACAGCUCUGUACCCUCCCCCUUCCCACCAGAGGACGCUGGGACUGGAGGCUCUAGAAGGCAGGAAGAGGAAGCAGUGGAUCUCCGGCCCCCACCAGCAGCCCCUCUGUCUCCCCCACCCCCAGCCCCACCUGCCCCCCAGUCCCCUGGGGAUCCCCUCAUGAACCGUCUGUUCUAUGGGGUGAAGACAGGGCCAGGGGUGGGGGCCCCUCGCCGCAGUGGACACACCUUCACAGUCAACCCCCGGCGCUCCGUGCCCCCUGCAGCCCCCACCACUCCCGCCACCCCAGCCACAGCUGAUGCGGCAGCCCCUGGAGCUGGCAAGAAGCGGUACCCGACUGCCGAGGAGAUCUUGGUUCUGGGGGGCUACCUCCGACUCAGCCGCAGCUGCCUCGUCAAGGGGUCCCCUGAAAGGCACCACAAACAGCUCAAGAUCUCCUUCAGCGAGACAGCACUGGAGACAACGUACCAAUACCCCUCCGAGAGUUCGGUGCUGGAGGAGUUGGGCCCGGAGCCUGAGGCUCCCAGCGCCCCCAGCCCCACGGCGGCCCAACCCGACGACGACGACGAGGAGGAGGAGUUGCUGCUGCUGCAGCGGGAGCUCCAGGGCGGGCUGCGCACCAAGGCCCUGAUCGUGGAUGAGUCCUGCCGGAGGUGACCAUCUUUCAACAUAGGGUCUAUACACCCCUUUCCCAGAACUGAAGAUCCUGGAGCCCAGAAGAUGGAGAACAGAGAGACCCUGAAAAUGAGUUUGGCAGGGAAAGGCAACCAGCAUCUUCCAACUUGCUUUCCUCAUCCUGUUUAUGGGGGCAGAGCUAGUCACCCAGUUUCCACCCUCACCAAAGGUCCCUGGUUUGAGUGUGUUGGACGUGCUGGGGGCAUCCUAGGUGAUUCAGAAGUGAGCAUCAAGUCCUGAGGAAGAUCACAGCACUCACGGGGCUGGAGGUGGAGCACCUUCACCUCCAUGGGCAGGGUGUACUCUCCCUUCAGCCUCCCUUGACUCCCCACCACCUCCUGGGGGCCCUUAGGAUUUAAGCACUCAUCCUGGGCAGCCUGCCCCCACUCCAUUCACAGGCCCCUUUCCUUCCUAUUCCUUAGGCCACUGCCCCUUUGUUUAUGCCUCCUGCCUCCUCUCUUCACCACCAGCCUGGUUUACAAACCCCAUUAGCUCCCAGCCCCACCUGCCAAAGUCCCAGGUUUACAAUCACACCUACUUGUUGAGUCAGUGUGGAACCCUCUCCCCUGUCCCUGGCAGUGGCCUCACUGGGGGCGUGGCUUCCUCCACUUUUGCUCAGUAUUACUGUACCUCAGUUUUCCUCAAGAAGGAAGGCUGGAAAUCUUAACUCUGUACCCCCAUCUAGUUAUUUAAUUCUGUUCCUCCUAGUGGUUCACAACUGAAUUGAAUUGCAAGGGUGAGGGGUGACUAAUAAGGCACCUCAAUUCUUCUCCCCCAUUUCUCCUUCCUUAUCAACUGCCUGUUUGUUUGUCUAUUUUUUAAGUUUUCCAUAAUAAAAUGGAGAUCUCUCCAACUCUCCCA